CCCACCCUCUCCGUGGCGGAGGUGACGUGCGCGGCCCCGGGUGCCCGAGUUGGUGGAGCCGGAAGUCGGGACGUGGCCGGCGCUGUGAGGGCAGUAGGAUGGCGAUGGUGAGCGGCGCAGAGCGGCUAGAGGUGUCCAUAGACGGGUUGACCCUGAGUCCGGACUCGGAAGAGCUGGGCCGCCCCGGCGCUGGGGAUGUCAGGCUCGGGGAGCAGGAGGACGACUUGAGUCAGGAACUGCGAGCAGAGGCGGAGGCCCUAAGUAUGGAGCAGCGCUGGGGCUUUAGCCUGGAGGAACUCUAUGGCCUCGCCCUCAGGUUCUUUAAAGAGAAGGAUGGGAAGGCUUUCCACCCGACCUAUGAAGAAAAGCUGAAGCUGGUGGCACUACAAAAGCAGGUUCUCCUGGGUCCGUAUAACCCCGACACUUGUCCCGAAGUCGGAUUCUUUGAUGUAUUGGGCAAUGACCGAAGAAAAGAAUGGGCCACUUUAGGCAACAUGGACAGACAGGAGGCCAUGACAGAAUUUGUAUCGCUGCUCAAUAGAUGCUGUCACCUUUUCUCCACCUACGUCACAUCCCAUAAGAUCGAGAGGGAGGAGCAAGAGAGGAGGAGGAGGGAAGAGGAGGAGCGCCGGAGAAAAGAAGAAGAGGAGCGAGAACGCUUGCAGAGAGAAGAGGAAAGGCGAAGGAAAGAAGAGGAGGAAAGGUUGAGGCGUGAGGAAGAGGAAAGGUUGCGGGCUGAAGAUGAACGGUUCCGUAUGGAGCAGCAGAAGCAGCAGAUUAUGGCAGCGCUGAACUCGCAGACAGCAGUGCAGUUCCAACAGUACGCGGCCCAGCAGUACCCUGGGAACUUUGAACAGCAACAGAUCCUUAUCCGUCAGCUCCAGGAGCAACAUUACCAGCAGUACAUGCAACAGCUUUACCAAGUGCAACUUGCCCAGCAGCAGGCCGCAAUACAGAAGCAACAGGAGGCAGCAGUAGCCGGAUCAUGCUCUCCAUUGAACUCCCCCUCAAAGAUGCACGGAGUUAACCCCGCAGACCCCGGGGAUACCCCUUCAGUUAAUGGGCAGAGUCACUCUCACAUAGACAGCAAUGACACAGAACUGGAGUCCGACCCUCUGGAAGACCUUCUGGAGAAUGGAGCAAAAGAGGCCGCACCAGUAAUAGCCGCACCGUCCAUGUGGACACGCCCCCAGAUCAAGGACUUCAAAGAGAAGAUCCGGCAGGAUGCGGACUCGGUCAUCACAGUGGGUCGCGGCGAGGUGGUGACGGUUCGAGUCCCCACCCAUGAGGAAGGUUCCUAUCUCUUCUGGGAGUUUGCCACAGAUAAUUAUGACAUUGGUUUCGGGGUUUAUUUUGAAUGGACAGACUCCCCAAAUACGGCGGUCAGUGUGCACGUCAGUGAGUCCAGUGAGGAUGAGGAGGAGGAUGAAGAAAACCCAAACAGCGAAGAAAAAGCCAAAAAGAACGCCAACAAGCCUCAUCUGGACGAGAUUGUGCCCGUGUACAGGAGGGAUUGUCAUGAAGAAGUGUACGCUGGGAGCCACCAGUACCCGGGCAGAGGGGUUUACCUGCUCAAAUUCGACAAUUCCUACUCCUUGUGGAGGGCCAAGUCUGUGUACUACAGAGUGUACUAUACUAGAUAAGGGGCGGGUGCUGGAAGGUCAGCAGGGGGUGCUGUGCUGUGGAUCACAACUUUUGCUGGACCUUUUUAAUCAGUGUUGUCUCUCCCUCUGGCAGCCCCCUGUUGUGAUGCCAACACCAAUUAACCCUUCUGGUGCCAGAGGAUUAUAAGAUAAGGAGUAUCUGGAGUUCAGGCUGUGCACACGGCUUAAUUCCAGCUUUCUGUAUGGUAGGAAGCUUCUAAGCAUUCUCAUUCACUACUCACCAUGUUAUUUAGCAAAUUAUUAGACCGCCCCAGUUUCCACAGCCAUGCUUAGUGUUCAGGCUCCGCCUCCUGUUCAAUAUGCCCGUCGCUAACAUGGCAUCAGCCGAGUGAAACAUUGCCCGGGAUUCUGCUUUAUAAAGGGACGUUGGACUUUACACCAGUUCAGUCUUUGGGUUUUACAGCAGUGAUGGGCAUUAGACAUUGGAAACACCAGCGCCACACGUACAUUUGCCAUUCUGGUGCCGACCACAUUAAUGAGGGCCACGUUGCUGGAUACGUCUUAUUGGCAUUGUGCGUUUAAAUUAAAUGCCCCUGCCAGGUGAAAGGCUUGUGUGGAAGUGUGCGCAGUUGGGAUUGAGCUGAAUAUCUUGUAGCUAAAGUUGCUUGUUAGCAGAUACCAUCCGUGCAUAUCCCAUCUGAACUACAGCUUUACAUAGGCAUCUGGGAGUUUUAGUUUGACACUACCAAGUCACCCUGUUCUGCAGCCAGCCCCCAUCAUCGGCUUUGCUUUCUUACUCAUAAAGGGCGAUUUUGUUGGAUGCAGAACUUUCAUCAGAAUCUGGAUUUGCCAUCGGACUUUCAAUCACAUCUCAACUGCGGUUUGGCUCUCAGUGUAGGGAUCGGAGCUCAUUACACACAUUAACUGAAUGCCUGUGUUUGUAUAAGAAUAGAUAGAGAUUCACAUACAUCACUGCCAGCGUUCCCAUGCCAAAAUCCACCCUUUUUUCCCUCGCUGCCGGGCAGGCCGGUACUGGCUACAAAUAACUGGCAAAUAUGAAGGCAGAAUGGUCUGUAGCAUCAGCGGAGCGUCGCUGGGUUGUACAGAGAGUAAUAUGGGGAGGCAAAGUUAUGUUACAUGAAUAUUUUGGGAUAUGAAAAUGGUAUAAUGAAAAUCAUUGAGUUAGUGAAUGUGAAUUUUUGUUCAGGAGUCAUAUCGCACUUCCUAUUGCCAGAAAUGGAAAGUAUUUGGGAAAGAUUUGGUGGUCUGAAUCCUGCAUUUGCAAUAGGGGAGAUAAGAAUGGAGUGCCCUGAAUGCUGUUGCCUUUAUACAAUGUUUACCUAGAAAUGCACUGAAUCCACAAAUUUGAAUUAGGCUGAACCCCCAAAUCCGUUGCAAAAACAUAUGCAAAUUAGGGCUGGGAAAGGGGAAACCUUUUUUUACUUUACUUAAAGUUUUUGUGACAAAGAAAUAUGCGCUUUCCCUCCCCGCCCCUAAUUUGGAUUCAGUUUAGAUGGGCAGAAGGAUUCGGUUCAGCCUGGCAUAAGGAUUCGGCCGAAUCCUGGAUUUGGUGCAUCCCUACUUUUACCCCAACAAAAUGACAGUUGCAUAUUGCAGAUUUGAUUAACAAUGUUACAUCCCGUAUUAUAUGGAAGCUACUGCCGUCGUUAAUUGAAUCCCGAGUGCAUUGUCUUCAGUUGUGUGUCUAGAACAUUCCCAACCAUGUAUUGCUGUAAGGAAGGACUAAUGGCUGUCAAGGUGGUGACGCACAAUCACACACAAGUGUAUAGCGAGGAUGAGGCCUAAGGCACAUGGGGGGUAUUCUCAGAAGGCCACAUUGUUGCUUCUAGGCUAAUAAGAUGCCCUUCUGCCUUUAAGAUGCAUUUACCUGUUGAGUGCCCUUACUUUUUGAGUUGACACCCGUCACUUUGUCACCCACCAUGAAAUCCGUCCAAUAGUAUUGCAUGUGUGGGGCUAAUGGCACUAGAUGUUCAAAGGACACAUAGUGUUGCUAUGGUAUAGUUCAGCUGCAGUGCAUUUCACUAGGGUGUACAUAACAUUACAACCAGUAUGGCAGCAGCUAGUGCUUUUGGCUGUAGGAACCCCCUGUUUCAACCAAUCAUGCAAACCCCAAGAUGUGGCACCUGACAAGUCUUGUGUUGUCUUUAGCCUUGGCAAGAUCUUUGGGUGAUGUUUAAUCGAGCCAUGGUUAAGUAUUCGUGCAGAAGGGCUCAAGGAAAUGGCCUUAAAAUCCUUCUACUCUUCUUGUCUUUGCAAAACCUCUGUCAAAUUCAGAAAUAUAUGGAGGUAACUUGCUCAAUGGUAACAAGUCAGUAAAUGAUGACUGAAGCCUUUGCAGCGUUUCCAUUAAGCAAGGACUUGUAGCAGUCAGUGGUCUCUGCUGAUCACUUCCAGUUCAUGCUCCACCUAGUGGCAGAAUGCAGAAGUACGACACAUUGAUUUGUUAUAUGUUAUGGGUUCUAAUCAGAGGACACACAAGUGACUGUGGGACUAGUAGUCUUAUUGGAGAUGGGGGAGAAUAAAGGGAGAAUGGGACAGUUAUUUAUAAUAAACACGAUCAACGUGACAUUUUGCCUGGGGUAAAUUAAGAAAGUUUGAGAUUGGCUGAUUUAUGUUGCACUGACUGGUAGUUAAUUGUUCACUUUCUCUUCUCCGUGUGAUUUACCCUUUAAUCUUUUUUGUUUGGCCUGUGUUGGUUACUCCUUUCCAUUUGCUUCUUUACCAAACCAGGCCGAGAGCGCAGGCCUUUUAGGAAUCAACCUUUGUGUGUCCCUUUAUGUUGUUCCACUAUAAUUAUAUAUAUCAACCCCUGUCGGUUGCAAUGCAGUGUGUGUGCUCCACUCACCCGAGGUGGGGGAUGUAGAAAAGUAGCAGUUUCUUAAAGGUUUUUAAUAUCUCAAUCUGCUCGAUGCAUGGAUUUGUACAUAUAUAUAUUAAUGUUAUCUUUAUUUGAUUUUUCUGCUUGGGAAAGAAAUGAAUGAGCCAAGGUCGAUAAAUCGGCAGCUCCGGGGGUUGCACUACAGCUACUGGGGCUGAAAAUUAAAAGUCUCUGGCUCAAUUAUAGGCAAGUCAGGCUUUUCCAUUUGCAGCUGUUGCCAGGGUUGCCAGGUCUAAUUUUGAAAAACAGCCAAAGUCGGCUACAAAACUAGCCAAGAGGCACUUAAAAGUAGCCCAAAAAUAGCGCAAUAUGUGCAGUGAAAAAAAUUCUAAAGAAAUGAAUGAAUUUAUGUGAAAAAAUGCCUUUUUGAAUUGUUCACUGUUUAACAAAUGUUCCCAUGAAUUCGCCCGUCACCGGGGAUGUAACAACAGAAGGGGCCCAGGAGAUAUAGGGGCCCCGUAAUACAUAUACAAUUUCAAUAAAUAUUGGUGAAAAAGCUCAACCUCUAGACAUUUUGGUGGCCAGCAGAUUUUUGCUGAAAUUGAGGAAAGUCACCGGAAUGGGAGACGGGGGGGACAGAGCCCAAAAUCUGAUAACUCCCAUCUUCUACACAAGUCAGUCCCAUUGCAUGCUGGGUAUUGUAGUCUUACAUUAAACUUGGCAGUUGGCAAAUUGUUAAACAAAAACUACAUUACCCAGCAUGCAUUGGGAGACGCAGGCUUGGCUCAUUAGGCAAGAAAAAACUGUGGCUGGUUUCCAAAUUACAAACCAGCUAAAGGCCCAAAAAGUAGCCCAAAUCCUUACCUUGGCUAGUUUGUACUUUUAAAACCUGCCUGGGCUUUAAAUUAGUAGCCCAGUUUGGCUGGAAACCUGCCGACCGUGGCAACCCUGGCCGCUGCUUCAGAUACCGUCGGACGCGGCUACUUGUAUGAUUUUGUAUAAACGCAUCGGAACAGGGCGGAGCUACAAAGAAUAAUGUAAAUACGUCACAGACACAAAGGAGAAAAGCACUUUCGGAAUCCUCGGAACGCAGACUGUCGUCCCUCCUGGUCAUCGUUCUGCUCCUUGUUCUUCUGACUUCUCUGUCUCAUUGCCUUCAAGCUGUCGGGGGACGCAGCACAAGUGCAAUUGAAUCUUUCAAUAAUGUAUUUAACGGUAAUGAAACCUCCAAGUCUUGGGCUCUUUCCUCUUUUGUUUUCAUUUCUGUUUGAUACGUGUUGUGGUGUCGCCGAGGGGCGGCCGCGUCUCACGCUGUACAUUGUUCAGCUCUUACAGAAAUGACCUUUGUCCUUAUUAAAACAGAUUUCUCUCCUUUUAUCAAAUCA